CCCUCCCUCUCUCUCCCUCUCUCUCCAAUGACGGCUUCUCUCUCGUCGCUCUCCUCAAUCCUGAACCAGCCUCACUGUUCUCUCCUGCUGAAGCUCCACGGAAGAUGUCGCUUCAGUCUCAGCUUCCGACUUCUCUCUCCGAAAUUCGAGUCUCCUCUUUCCCGGUGCUUCCACCACCGCUCGCCGCGUCCACUCCAAAGAAGAAGUUCCUCUCUCGAAUUCUCCAGAAGCUUCUCCGCUUCUCAGCCUCCUCUUCCUUCCAACUCCGAGACUCCAAGCCUCCAACACUUCAUCGCUCAAGCCGCUCUCGCAUCUUCCGAAGCUCAGCAAGAUUUCUCUAUGAUUAAAAUGUCUAGCCAUGUACCAGCUUCUGAAGUUUCUUCAAGAGGCCGUAUUUAUCACGAGACUUAUGGGUGUCAGAUGAACAUUAACGAUAUGGAAAUUGUUCUGUCAAUAAUGAAAUAUGCUGGGUAUAGUGAAACUGUGGAUGUCCCUGAGAGCGCAGAGAUCAUUUUUAUCAACACUUGUGCUAUUAGGGACAAUGCUGAACAGAAGGUGUGGCAGCGGCUUAAUUACUUUUGGUUUCUUAAAAGGCAUUGGAAGAGCAAUGUUGCGAUUGGGAGAUCAAAUUCAGUGCGACCCCCAAAAGUUGUAGUCUUGGGAUGUAUGGCUGAGAGGUUAAAGGACAAGAUACUUGAUGUGGACAAAAUGGUCGAUGUGGUUUGCGGACCUGAUGCGUACAGGGAUUUGCCGAGGUUACUAGAAGAGGUAGAUUACGGUCAGAAAGGGAUUAAUACUCUGCUUUCACUUGAGGAGACGUAUGCUGACAUUAGUCCUGUUCGAAUCUCCAAAAACUCAGUUACCGCAUUUGUUUCGGUAAUGAGGGGUUGCAAUAACAUGUGUUCAUUUUGUAUUGUGCCUUUCACUAGAGGUAGAGAGCGCUCGCGUUCUGUGGAAUCAAUAGUGAGAGAGGUGGCCGAGCUUUCGAAGGAAGGUGUUAAAGAGGUAACACUUCUUGGCCAGAAUGUGAACAGCUAUAAUGACACAUCUGGAGACGAAACAGAAGUUGAACCAGGAAGUAAUUGGAGAUUGAGUGAAGGGUUUUCCAGCAUGUGCAAGGUGAAGAAAAUGGGUUUACGUUUUUCUGAUCUCUUGGAUCGACUUUCUAGAGAAAUUCCUGAGAUGAGAUUCAGAUACACAUCCCCGCACCCUAAAGAUUUCCCUGAUGAGUUUCUGUAUUUGAUGCGAGACAGACAUAACAUAUGCAAAUAUAUUCAUUUACCUGCUCAAAGUGGGAACAGCAAAGUGCUUGAAAGAAUGCGUCGAGGAUAUACCCGAGAGGCAUACUUGGAUCUUGUGCAAAAGAUUAGGAGAAUUGUUCCAGAUGUGGGGAUAAGCAGUGAUUUCAUAUGUGGUUUUUGUGGGGAAACAGAGGAAGAACAUAAAGACACAUUAAGUCUUGUAAGGGCUGUUGGUUACGACAUGGCUUACAUGUUUGCUUAUAGCAUGAGGGAGAAAACCCAUGCAAACAGAAACUACUCCGACGAUGUUCCUGAGGGAGUCAAGCAGAGAAGGCUCACUGAACUUAUUGAGGCAUUCCGUGAGACUACGGGCAAGUGUUAUGACUCUCAACUAGGAAGUGUGCAGCUUGUGUUGGUCGAGGGGCCUAAUAAGAGGGCUCCUGAUACAGAACUUAUGGGCAAGAGUGAUAGAGGCCAUAGAGUGUCAUUUAUUAAUGUUCCAGUCCCACAACAAGAUUGCAACUCAAAUUGUGCGAGGAAACCAGUGGUAGGCGAUUAUGUGGAAGUUCGUAUAACGAAAUCCACAAGAGCUUCAUUAUUUGGGGAAACUCUUGCUAUAACUAAAUUGAGCUCAUUUUACAAUGUUGAGUAUGAAGAAGCUCUUGCCUGAGGAAGCAGAAGCUGAGAUCACUCACCUCUCUACUUUUGCAUUAUUCAACCGGAAGUAUUACAAAGCGUCUUUGUUCUUGUUUGGGCAAUAGCUGUGCGGCUUUCUGCUGGGGCUUAAGAGCUUUAGGAUGGUUGUAAAAACUUGGUUAGAUCAUAACAAGAUUCAUGUUACUAUGAAAACUGGUUCAGGCAUGGAUUUGAAAUUGGCUGUGCUCACAAAUUUUUUGGAACUUGGCACUUCUUUUUCCUUUA